CCGGCCGUCCCACGGCGGUUCGCGGUUCUCGCUGCCCGGGAGCUGGAGGCGGGCCGGGCGCCUUGGGUGUGCACCGCGCCUGGCGCGAGGCCUUCCUGGCCGCCGCGGAGCUGGAGCCUGGGGCGCUCGCCGCCCCUCGUGACCGGCCCUUCCCCUCUAUUGUAAACCUGCUUUCCCACGCAGACUUUGCCCUCGCCGUAGCGGUGAGUUGUGCAGCACCGAUUUGGAGGGCCUGUGUGCUGAAACAUGCAUAUGUCUGUCUGUCUUUCAGCGCAUAUGUGUGUAGGGAUUUAUAUUUUGACAAAGUGUUUUUACAAAGGCAAAAGAGUUUGACUGCUCAGGUGGCCCAUCUGGAAGAAUUUUGCAGUGGAAUAGAAGAUGAACUCAACUGAAUUCAGUGAAGAUGUAGAAGAAGUUCUAAAAAAUAACACUGUGAAAGUGGAGACAGAGGCUGAAGAUGCUGCCCUGGACUGCUCAGUGAAUUCUAGGACUUCUGACAAGCACCCUCUGGACAGCAUCUUCACUACCCUCCAGGACUCUAGCAAACGAAAGCAGCCAGUCAGCGAUGGCCUGCCAGACUCUGUCCCCAGCGUGAAGAGGAGGCGGCUGAUACCUGAGGCACUGCUAGCGGGCAUGCGGAACCGGGAGAACAGCUCGCCCUGCCAGGGCAACGGAGAGCAGGCCAGCAGGGGCAGGAUCUCGGGCUCUGUGUGGCUGGGCGAGGACGAGCCCUGCAACGAUGUCACCACCCCUUCCUACAAGAAGCCUCUGUAUGGCAUCUCACACAAGAUCAUGGAGAAGAAGAAUCCUCCCUCGGGUGACCUGCUCAACACGUACGAGCUCUUCGAGAAGGCGAACGCCAGCAACAGCCCCUCGCCGCUGCGGCUUCUGAACGAGCCACAGAAGCGGGACUAUGGCGGCACGGGGGCAGCCACUGACGGCGACCCCAACAUCUACUUCCUGAUCCAGAAGAUGUUCUACAUGCUCAACACCCUCACGUCCAACAUGUCGCAGCUGCACAGCAAAGUGGACCUGCUCUCCCUGGAGGUGAGCCGCAUCAAGAAGCAGGUGAGCCCCACCGAGAUGGUGGCCAAGUUCCAGCCACCCCCUGAGUACCAGCUCACCGCGGCUGAGCUCAAGCAGAUCGUGGACCAGAGCCUGUCAGGUGGGGACCUGGCCUGCCGCCUGCUGGUGCAGCUCUUCCCCGAGCUCUUCAGCGACGUGGACUUCUCCCGCGGCUGCAGUGCCUGUGGCUUUGCCGCCAAGCGGAAGCUGGAGUCGCUGCACCUGCAGCUCAUCCGAAACUACGUGGAGGUCUACUACCCCUCGGUGAAGGACACGGCCGUGUGGCAGGCCGAGUGCUUGCCCCAGCUGAACGACUUCUUCAGCCGCUUCUGGGCCCAGCGGGAAAUGGAGGACAGCCAGCCUGGUGGCCAGGUCACCAGCUUCUUUGAGGCGGAGCAGGUGGACGCAGGCCACUUCCUGGACAACAAAGACCAGGAAGAGGCCUUGUCUCUGGACCGGAGCAGCACCAUUGCCUCGGACCACGUGGUGGACACGCAGGACCUGACCGAGUUCCUGGAUGAAGCCUCAUCCCCGGGCGAGUUCGCCGUCUUCCUCCUGCACCGGCUCUUCCCCGAGCUCUUUGACCACCGGAAGCUGGGCGAGCAGUUCAGCUGCUACGGGGAUGGCGGCAAGCAGGAGCUGGACCCGCAGAGGCUGCAGAUCAUCCGCAACUACACGGAGAUCUACUUCCCCGACAUGCAGGAGGAGGAGGCCUGGCUGCAGCAGUGCGCGCAGCGCAUCAACGACGAGCUCGAGGGCCUGGGGCUGGACGCGGGCAGCGAGGGCGAGCCCCCGCGCGACGACUGCUACGACUCCUCCAGCCUGCCCGAUGACAUCUCCGUGGUCAAGGUGGAGGACAGCUUCGAGGGCGAGCGGCCCGGCAGGCGCUCCAAGAAGAUCUGGCUGGUGCCCAUUGACUUUGACAAGCUGGACAUCCCGCAGCCUGACUUCGAGGUGCCGGGCGCCGACUGCCUGCUCAGCAAGGAGCAGCUGCGCAGCAUCUAUGAGAGCAGCCUGUCCAUCGGCAACUUCGCCUCCCGCCUGCUGGUGCACCUCUUCCCCGAGCUCUUCACCCACGAGAACCUGCGCAAGCAGUACAACUGCAGCGGCUCCCUGGGCAAGAAGCAGCUGGACCCGACCCGCAUCAAGCUCAUCCGCCACUACGUGCAGCUGCUUUACCCCCGGGCCAAAAACGACCGCGUCUGGACUCUGGAGUUCGUGGGCAAGCUGGACGAGCGCUGCCGUCGCCGGGACACGGAGCAGAGGCGCUCCUACCAGCAGCAGCGCAAGGUCCACGUGCCAGGCCCCGAGUGCAGAGAGCUGGGGAGCUAUGCAGUCAACCCCGAGAGGUUCCGAGAGGAGUUUGAGGGGCCCCCGCUGCCCCCCGAAAGGAGCAGCAAGGACUUCUGCAAGAUCCCCUUGGACGAGCUGGUGGUUCCCUCGCCCGACUUCCCGGUGCCUUCCCCCUACCUGCUGUCAGACAAGGAGGUGCGCGAGAUCGUGCAGCAGAGCCUCUCCGUGGGCAACUUCGCCGCCCGGCUCCUCGUCCGCCUCUUUCCCGAACUCUUCACCGCCGAGAACCUGCGGCUGCAGUACAACCAUUCCGGGGCUUGCAACAAGAAGCAGCUGGACCCCACACGCCUGCGACUCAUCCGUCACUACGUGGAAGCCGUGUACCCCGUGGAGAAGAUGGAGGAGGUGUGGCACUAUGAAUGUAUCCCUAGCAUCGAUGAGCGGUGUCGCCGCCCCAACAGGAAAAAAUGCGACAUCCUCAAGAAAGCCAAGAAAGUAGAGAAAUGAUGGCCUGUGGGCUGCCCAGAGACUCAGAGGCCAGGAAGGCUGAGCAAUGGGCACCCCUGGGACUGAGUGUUAUUUUGGAGCACGUGUACGGGAUCCACAGACAGGCACCUUAUGUCAGUGGGGAGUGGCUUACUACAUUUGCACACGUAAACACCCACCCAGCCGCAGGAAAGAAGCCUUGAAUUGGUCUCUUAUGACUUUUGUCCUGUGUUCCCUGGUGGUGCAGCCUAGGCGUGGGGACAGCCGGCUGUGGGCGCCGGGUCUUGGGUGGGGCCUCACUCCCUGGCGGUGCCCGCCCCAGCCCCUCACAACUUAAAAUGCAAACUCAGCAACUCUCUUGUUCCUCUUCCCACAUUUCACAUCUUCCAUUUUGAUCCCCCCUUUUUUUUUUUUAAUUAGAAAGAAACCCUUUUUUAAAAAAAUCAUUGGGCUCUUUGGGAGCCAUUUUACUUAGAGAAAAAAAAUCUUUUUUAAAAGAAGUGCCAUGUUGAUGCACGAUGGCUAAUCAUAGAUCCAAGUGGCAUAGAGAUUGAUUUUACUGACCUUGUCUUUUACAUCUGAUUUUGGAAGAGUCAAGAUGCCCCUUGGAUGGCAGUAGAGGGGCUGGAAUGGCGUGAAGUGCUUUGCGGCCAUGCCCAGGCUCCCCUCUCUGCUGUGGUGCCCAGGAAGGCUUCGCCGCAGCUUGGCCUGCUGGCGUCGCCGCGUCAGUAGAGUGCCAUGCGCACUCUCUGUAGGCAGAACACUGGAUGACGUUAAUAUGAAUGUCAGUAGACGUGGAAACACGUUCACGAUGUCCUCAUCUGAGCUGUGUCCUGCCACUGCCCCCGUUCCCUCUCCGUGCGUGGUUGCUUGGUUGGAGGGAGCAGACGUGUUUCCCUGGAAAACCAUAUGGGGGCAUUUGGCUUCUAGUUUGAUUUUAGGCUGGGCCUCUUUGGGCUCACCAAUAACUGUUUACUUUCUGAGUGUGUAUUUGUACAAGAUCUGGGUUCUGGGAGCUGCGCGGUGACUUCCCCAGACUUCAGUGUCCGCUCCUCCAGGCAGCAGCACGUCCUUGUUCCUCAGAGCGGGCAUUGGAAGGACACAGGUCAUCUCAAAUGGGGCUCCCAUGUUCCUUCCCAGGGUCCACUCAGAACUUUCCCCCUUGAACCCUAUAGAAGGUCCUGCUGUCCUACUCCUGGCCCAUCCCUUGGCUUUGGGGUGCACAUCUCUUCUCUCCCCACUGAUUGGGAAGGUCACACUACUCCAGGCCAGCAGCAUGCUCUCUAACCAGGACAUUCCCCAACACGUAAUUUACUUAAAAAUAAUACUUGUUCCUAUCUAACUUUGGGGGCCAAAUGCCUAAGAGGGAAAGAGGGAAAGGAAACAGUCUAACGCAAACUGAAUACAUCAUACCAGAGACCCAGAAAAUUAGUUGAAUCACACAGGGGAGUCAUAAAACCCUUGUGGGAUGUUACAGAUCUAAUAACCUAAUGGCUUAAUAUUUUGCUACCUUAAAAUGCUGAGAUAAUAGAAAAAAAUCUGUGAAUUUUCUUAGUACAGCUGAUAAGGACUUCAGGUCUGGUGGCUAUAUUGGCAUAAUUUUGCCUGUACCUAGUGGGCAUUUUUUUAUAUGAUGUAGGAUUUGUGAGCAAUGUAAGUUGCUGAUCUGACUUUAGUAAAUUUACUUUUAGAUGUCAUUUACAGAUUAUUUCUGUUGAAACUGCAAACCUAAAUUAUUUGAAAUUUAGAAAUGCACAGGGACUUAAUGAUCCUUUCUAUCACACAUGCACACAAACCUCUUACUAAAAAAUGAAGUGAGAUGAAGGGGACCUACAUGAACAGCAAGUUCAACUUGUGCCUGGAAAGAAGGGACCAGAUCAGCCAGGAACUCACUUCCCCCAUCACCUGGGCCUUUCUCUACGCCUUAGUCUCUCCAGCACAUGCAUGCCGCACGCACGCACCCUACCCAAAGAUGGCUGGGGCACCCUCCCGCCGGCCCUGCUGGUUGGGAGGGUCCCGUGGAAUUUGUUCUGGUGUCCGGGAUGUAUCCAAGAGGAUUCCAAGCCAUGUGAAAAUUGCCCUGCUUUCUAGAGGGUGGAAUGUGACCCUGCAACGUUAGAAGCACAAUCAUUUAGUAAUAAUUUUUUUUUAAACUUCCAUCUACCCAUGUUAGAGAAAUCAAUAAGUUCUAGGAAUUAAAUACGUCUCUUUGUAACCUAGAACUUGUUACGUUUUUUGAAACCAUAUUGUAGUGGUUCUCUUAAUCCCUUUCGUGUGUAGGGCUUCUUCCCCGCAAAUCUUACAGUCCCUUUUUCAGUGAAGAAAGGUGGACACACUCUGGGAGCUGUUUCCUGUCCCUCUGGACCGUCGUCAGGAAGCGCCUGCAGGUCCUGUGUUCUGUCUGUGUGGGGUCCUCACCUGUUCAUCCAUACAGGUAACUCCAGUGGGCGGUUUUUUUUUUACAUGAAGCAAUAGAAGUACAAAAUACUUAUUUUUUCAAAAUUUAAUAUGUUCCGUGAAAUCUGUUGGCAACCCUCUUCCUUCCCACCAUCUAAAUUCUUUGGUUUUUACUUGUUUUUUGGAAUUUUUUCUUUUUUUUUUUUUGGCCUUGUAUUUCAAGGACUAAAAAAUUAGCACACAUUUUGGUGUUAAGUGAAAUAGUAAGUCACAAUAGGUGGUAGUCUUCAUCAUCUUCUCUGUUAGUAAGUUUUUAAAGAAUGUAUGAAGAUAGUCGUGAAUGUACUGAGUGUUGGAAUCCUGCUUCAGUUCACCUUGGCUGUGUCUACAUGACAACAAACCAUUUGACAGGGAAUAAAGUUGUGUCUAGUGUCAUUAGCACUCAUGUGCUCCUCCCCCUUUGGUGUUGGCCCCAAACCUUCCUUUCCUUUUAAGUCUGGGGGGAGGAGCAGCACAUCAGCUGCAAUCAUCAGCCAACCUAUGGGAUCUACUUAGUGGUGAAUGGAUGGGCUGUCAGAAAGGUGAGGGUCGCUGGCCUGACUACACCACAGCGUGGCCACCUGGGUUCCUCUAGAGGUGGCCUCAGUUUCCACUGUUUCCCCCGCCCACUUUGCUUCUUGCCCACUUGAGAGGGGGUCUCCAGACUGCUGAUGGCAGGCCGUUGCGCUGUCACCCUGCCCGGCUGUGUAGCUAGACGGUGUGGAUACACUGAAGUGGGGGCGGGGGCCGGGGGCUGUCACUGCUACGUGGAAAUACUUGCCUCUCGUAGAUCCAGCCUUAAUGCUUUUCUGACAUCCUAGUAAUAGCAGACCCUGCACAAAGUGGAUAUCAGAGUUAAUACUGUGAGGAGACAAAAUAAUGAGAAUAGUUUUACCAAAGAUAAUGAAAUAUCACAUGUCUGCAUUUUACCAUUGAUUUGAGUGCAUCCUUAGAAAACUGAAUGUAACAAAAACCCAGGACAUUUUUGGAAAUUGUAUGCUCUCUAGCAACUUUGUGUGAAUUUUUAUACAAGCACUGUUUUAUGAGUUAUAUAAAAUGUUAUAAAAAUAGAAAAAA